AUGAAAGUUGAGUGCCCAAAUCAAAAGAAUGGUGAAGAAAGAAAUACAAAGAAGUUCUUCACGAAAAAGAAAACCUACAUUGCUUGGGAUGAUGAUAAUGAAUCAACAUCAGGCUCCAGUGACUCUGAUGAGCAAGCAAACGUUUAUUUACUGGCAAACGAAAAUAUAUAUGAAAGCCAAAUAAGUUCAAAAUCUAAGAAGUCCAUGUGGUAUCUUGACAAUGGUUGUUCAAGACACAUGACAGGGGACAAAAGGAAAUUGACAAACUUCCGGAAAAAGAAACAGGGCUAUGUCACAUAUAGUGAUAAUAACCAGGGAAAGAUCCUUGGUAUAGGAGAUAUUAGAAGUGAAAACACCUUGGUGAUUAAAGAUGUACUAUUUGUAGAAGGAUUGAAACACAAUCUACUUAGUAUAAGUCAACUUUGUGAUCAAGGUCUCAAG